CUCCCUCUCUGCAACUUCUCUCUCUCUCUCUCUCUCUCUCUCUCUCUCUCUCUCUCUCUCUCUCUCUCAUAAAUCCUUUCCAUCUCAACACUCCUACAUGCACACACCCAGAGUCUUCACAGCCAAACACACCCAAGAAAAAAAACAACCUCCCCCCCCGGUCUAGGGUUUACAAACUUUGUCCCAUUCGAUUCCUAGCUGUUCAAUAAAUCCCCCGGGAUUCACCUCAUUCAAUUCAAAUCCUCUCUUUCUCUCCAUAUCUAUCUGUAACUCCCGACCUGUUCUUCGCCACCUGUCCGAAUCUGAGUCGUCAAUUCUUGCCCAGUGUCUCCCCACAUAGGGUUUAUAUAUAUCAAAUGCAAUUCUUCGUGAAUUCUCUCUCUCUAUAUUUCACGCCUCGCUGUGGCCUCUGCAUUGGCUUUGACGGGUGGGAUGAAUAGUGUUUUUGAGGAACAGAUACUGGCAGAAAAGCUUUCGAAGCUCAAUUCUACUCAGCAAUGCAUCGAAACUUUGUCACAUUGGUGUAUUUUCCAUCGGAGCAAAGCAGAGAUAGUUGUUGCAACCUGGGGUAAACAGUUCCAUAGCUCACAGAUGGUUCAAAAAAUUCCCCUUCUGUAUCUUGCGAAUGACAUCCUACAGAAUAGCAAGCGUACCGGAAAUGAAUUCGUUAGUGAAUUUUGGAAAGUUCUUCCAGGAGCGCUCAAAGAUAUCAUUGAAAAAGGCGAUGAUCAUGGAAAGAAUGUGGUUUCUAGAUUGGUUGGUAUAUGGGAAGAAAGGAAAGUUUUUGGAUCCCAUGCACAUGGUCUUAAAGAUUUAAUGCUUGGAGAGCAAUUACCUCCACCCUUGGAGUUCAGCAGAAAGCGUUCACGGUCUGUGAGAAUUGUAAAAAGGGAUUCCCGCUACGUUAGAACAAAAUUGACCAUUGGAGGUGCAGAAGAAAAAAUAGUUUCCGCAUUUCAGUUGGUAGUCAGUGAACAUAGAAGUGAGGAUGAGGAAAUGAGUAAAUGCAGAUCGGCUAUCCAACGUGUAAAGAAGAUGGAGGAAGAAGUUGAUCUGGCCUGUAGCAAAGCUAAGGAUCCAAAUCGAAAAACUUUGUCCAAAGAACUGGAGGGGGAAGAACAUGUUUUGAAAGAAUCCAUUGAGAAGCUUAAAGUGGUUGAAGCAAAUAGGACAGCUCUGGUAUCUCAGUUACAAGAAGCUCUGCAUGAACAGGAAGCUGAACUGGAGAAUGUUCACACGCAGAUGCAGGUAGCACAGGCUCGGGCAGAGGAAGCCCGCAAGAUGCGAAAACUACUGGACGACGACGAAUAUAUUGUGGUUGCCAAACAAUCAAACAUGACCCCACCGCCCAUAUAUACAAGCGCAAAAGGUGGACAACAGCCCAAGAAGUCUGCUGCUGCCAUUGCAGCCGAGGUUGCUGACAGGCUUGCAGCUUCCACCUCCUCGCAAUACAUUAUGAGUUCUGUAUUAUCUUCAUUUGCAGCCGAAGAGGCGAAAAAUGCUGCGCUAACGAUGUCGUCUUCCGCAUUUUCUUCCUUCCCGACCCCGCCUGUCAACUCACUCAGUCACUUGCCGCCUCCACAGCUGUCGACUGCUCCGAGCACCACAUAUCAGUCACUUUUGGUGCAACAACCGACGUUGCAGCAGACCCAAACGCUGACCUCUUCUCAAACCCAAUACCAUAUGGUUACAACCCCUUCUCCUCAACAUUAUGUACAACCUUCAGGUGUGAUGGUGAAUUCAUAUUCUUAUGUGAUGCCUCCCUUGCCUCCAGGGCCACCACCACCUCCACCUCCACCCCAACCACACAUGAUAACUCAGCAGCAGCCUCCGGCGCUAACUACUCAGCAGCACUCAAUGCCAUUACCUCAGCAACCGCCUGCGCCCCCAAGUUUCCGUCCUCUUGGCCUCUUUCAGCCUCCCGAAAUGGUUUACUAUGGGCACCACCACCAGUCAAGUUGACAAUUUUUCACAGGUAAACAUUGCAUUAUGGCGGAAUCUUCUUAGGAAGUCGGGAAUUUUGUUGUCUAAACAUUGUAUUGAUGACACAGAUAGGAAGAGGCUUGACAGUAAUUUGGCCGUACCGCAUUUAGAAAGCAACUGAUAGUACUGGGGAAGAUUAGCUGUUGCUUCCUUUUCUUCUUUUAGAACUUUGGGGGGAGUUAGGGAUUAGCACAAACGGAUUCGUAUGGUCCGGCCUUCUUGUCGUCGUAAUUAUACACAUGCAUCUGCAUCUUUGUAAAAUUAUGGUUUAGGCUCAGAGAUAGAGAACAGUUUUGUAUUUUCUAAUCAAACUGGAUAAAGCAACCUCUCUUUGGAUAAAGCAACCUCUCUUUGGAUAGUUCUCAAAUAAAUUUGCGGAAUUUUUUUCUUUAGUAA